AUGAGCAAAGUCUUCAAGGAGCUUAUCGGCAAGUCAGUGGAGGUAUACAUCGAUGACAUAUUGGUAAAGACAGUUAAACCAAGCAACUUGGUUGCCGACCUAGAAGUUGUUUUCGGGUCGCUUCGAAAGCGCAAUAUGAGGUUGAACCCUCUAAAAUGCAUGUUUGCAAUGGAAGCAGGGAAGUUUUUGGGUCUUAUGAUCACGCAACAAGGGGUUGAGGCCAAACCAGAUAAAUGGAAAGCCAUCCUUCGGAUGACAAGCCCAGGGUGCAUGAAGGAUGUUCAACGAUUGGCUAGUAGGUUUACAAUUUUAUCCCAUUUCCUCAGGGCAUCGACAGCAAAGGCCCUCCCUUUAUUCAAUUUAAUGAAGAAAGGAAUCACUUUUGAAUGGACUCCAUCUUGUGAUGAAACCUUUAACCACUUUAAGAGGAUCCUAUCAAAACCAUCAGUGCUUGGGAAGCCAAAAGAAGGGGAGACCCUAUACCUCUAUAUAGCCGUGACGGAGGUGGCCAUGGCGGCCGUUUUGAUUCAGGAAGAAGACAAACUCCAGCAACUGGUAUACUUCAUUAGUAAGGUGCUCCAAGGAGCAGAGAUGAGGAAAGGCAUUGGAAAGGAAGCUCGUGAGAGCGGGAUAUUAUUGGCCCUCUAUGAUGACGGAUGCCCACGAAUUCGUGAAGAAGUGCUGGAAAUGCCAGGAGAAUGCGAAUUCUUACAAGGCCCCAACAGAAGAGCUGAGUCUAUGUUGGCCUCCCGACCUUUCUCCCAGUGGGGAGUCAACCUUCUCGGCCAGUUCCUGGUAGCCCCAAGACAAGUUAAGAACCUCAUUGUAGCCAUCGAUUAUUACACAAAGUGGGUGGAGGCAGAACCAUUAGCCAGCAUAUUGACCACAAAUUGCCAGAAGUUCUUUUGGAGACAAGUAAUCGCCAUGUUUGAGAUUCCAGAGAUCGUGGUCUCGAACAAUGGAACGCAUUUUUUUGAUAGAAAAUUUGGAGAGUUCUUAACUGGUUUGGGGUUCAAGCAAAAGACAACACCGCAGUGUUCCACUGAGGAGACGCCUUUCCGACUUACUUACGGGGUCGAUGCGGGAGAUGGCCACUUAUCAAAAGUUGUACUAAAACAGAGGAUAGCCUUGCGUUACAAUCGCAAGGUGCUAAACAGGAACUUCGAGGAAGGUGAUUUGGUGUUACGACGUAACGACAUUGACCCACCGACUCCGAGAGGAGGCAAGCUAGCAGCCAACUAG